AUGUCGUCUCCUGGCUCCGGACAGAGCGGCCCUUCGUCGGCCAGUGCUGUGAAGAAAGCAUUUCCUCAUAUCGAUCUAGAUGGACACAAUCUACCGCCGUCACCCGCUCCAUCGAGCCCCAGUGCCGGACGCCGAUAUGCCCUUGCCACUGAGUUGGUGUAUACAGAUAGCGGCGAUCAGUACAAUGCCAGCAGCGUACCUAUCUAUCAGAGUGCCACAUUCAAACAAACAUCCGGCUCCGGCGGUGGAGAAUACGACUACACUCGCUCCGGCAACCCGACACGUACACAUCUCGAACGCCAUCUCGCAAAGAUCAUGUCCGCUCAAAGAGCGCUCGUGGUAUCCUCCGGCAUGGCUGCCCUGGACGUUAUCACGCGACUCCUCCGACCGGGCGAUGAAGUCGUCACCGGCGACGAUUUGUACGGUGGUAGCAAUCGGUUGUUGACUUAUCUCAAGACACACGGCGGCAUUGUCGUGCAUCACGUUGACACUACUACACCGGAGAAAGUGCAGGCAGUCCUGGGACCCAAGACGGCGAUGGUCUUGCUCGAAACGCCGACAAACCCGUUGAUCAAAGUCGUUGAUAUCCCCAAGAUUGCCACUCUGGCCCACGAAGCCAAUCCCAGCUGUUUGGUUACGGUUGACAACACAAUGAUGUCCCCUUUACUUCUCAACCCGCUCGAAUUGGGAGCCGAUAUCGUCUACGAGAGCGGCACAAAAUAUUUAUCCGGCCACCACGACCUCAUGGCCGGCGUCAUUGCCGUCAACGACCCUACUCUCGGUGAAAGACUAUACUUCCCCAUCAACGCCUCCGGUUGUGGUCUGUCGCCCUUCGACUCAUGGCUUUUGAUGCGCGGCGUCAAGACUCUGAAAGUGCGCAUGGAUCAACAACAAGCCAACGCGCAACGCAUCGCCGAGUUUUUGGAGGCUCAUGGCUUCAAAGUCCGAUACCCCGGUUUGAAGUCUCAUCCGCAAUACGAAUUGCAUCAUUCCAUGGCUAGAGGGGCUGGKGCCGUCUUGUCAUUUGAGACGGGCGACGUUGGUCUCAGUGAACGGAUUGUCGAGAGCGCGAAGCUGUGGGCUAUUAGUGUCAGUUUCGGCUGUGUGAAUAGUUUGAUCAGUAUGCCUUGUCGCAUGAGUCAUGCUAGUAUUGAUGCAAAGACGCGCGCGGAGCGUGCCAUGCCAGAGGACAUUAUUCGGUUGUGUGUGGGUAUCGAGGACGCGGAUGACUUGAUUGAUGAUUUGCGACGAGCUUUGGUUCAAGCCGGUGCUGUGAACGUUUCACUUGAAGACUUCCAGGCAGUCCGUCCCGCAGUCAUUUAG